CCAAGUUAACAUCACUAACAGUGCAACAACAAAGCUAGCGAGGCGCAUAAAUUUCGCAAAAUUUACUUGCUGUGAAAUUGUUUAAACAAACGCCCAGUGUAAACAAAAAAUAUGUGAAUAUAAUGCAUGUCGCGAGCAAUCGCAAUGCAAUCACGCGUGCAAUGAGCCGCUGCUGCUGCUGUGACCAUGAAAAAUGCCAGCGAGAAAUUUGCGAAAAUCAAUGAAAGCCAGCAAAAGUGUAACAACAAAAGCAACAACAAUAAGAAAUAUUCGAAAUUAAGUGAAAUUGAAGGCGAGUUCGUUAUGCUGCGCUGCCUUUACAAUAGUUAAAGACUAUUAAAAACAGAGCUCGGUUAUAGCUUAAAAACAACAACAACAACCACGACAACAACAUGGAUGGUCAACGUGCUCGCGAUCUGCUGACGCUGCUGCAGGAGCGCGUUGCGUUUCUCACCGGCGGUCGCGACAGACGGGGCGGACCAUUGCUAUGCUUUCCGGCAACGCCGCGCCGGGAUCGCCUGAAACCGGAGGAUUUGCGUCGCCUGCUCAGCUACUUGAUUAGCAUACCAAGCGAUGCGGCCAAGAAUCUCGGCUUUACAGUCAUCAUUGACAUGCGAGGCAAUGGCAACUGCUCGACGAAUGUGAAGACAAUAUUGAAGGUACUCCAGGAGCAUUUCAGCGCCAACAUACACAACGUGGUGAUCAUCAAACCGGACAACUUUUGGCAAAAGCAACGUGCUUCAAUCAGUUCGAAUAAAUAUAAAUUUGAGACGCAAACCAUUUCGAUUGAGGCGCUUAAUAAGAUUGCUGAAUCUCAUCAAUUGACUGGAGAUUUUGAUGGACAGCAGCUGUACGAUCAUCAACAGUGGACGGACGCACGGCUGGCCAUUGAGGAUUUCUUUUGGCAGGCUGGUGAUAUGGCCGAUCGCAUCGAUGAUCUCCAGGAGGAUCUUAAUCGCAACGAUUUUGCCGAGGAUGUUAGUCUUGCACGGCAUGCCAUCGAUCAUCACAACGAAAUGCGCAAGAAGAUCACCAAGCUGCCCAUCGAGGAUCUCGAUAUGCAGGGCAAAAAGCUGUUAGCCAAGAUUAACAUGGCAGCGACAGCAAAUGUCGGCUCAACCGGACAGUGUGCUGGUGGUGCUGCUACAUCCGAUUGCUCCGACUCCUUCACCUCCUCAGCUGGUCAGCAACAGUCACAGGGAGGCGUUCAAAAUGCUUGUGUGGGUAGCAAUAAUAAUCCAGAUAUGUCAGCGGCUAUUAACAAGGCGAUGCGACAAAUUGACCUCAUCCACACGGGCCAGGAGCGUCUCUUGAUGCUUUGGCAGCACAAAAAAGUCAAGCUGGAUCAAUGCUUUCAAUGGCGUCUCUUCGAGCAGGAUUGUGAGAAAAUGUUCGAUUGGAUCUUGCACAAUCGUGAUGCAUUCCAAAUGAGCUACGUGGAGAUUGGACACAACUAUUCGGUGGCCAAAUCUCUGCAGGAUGAGCAUCAAAAGUUUGCCGUCAUCUCGAUGAACGUGAAUGUGAAUAUUGAUCGCGUUCUGGCGGUUGCAGCACGUCUCAUUGAGAGUCAACAUUAUGCGGCACAACAUAUUAAAACGUUGGCUCAACGUUUGGAUCGCACCUGGAAGGGUUUUGGCGCUGGUUUGGAUGAACGUACCGCUGUGCUGCAGUUGAGUGUGCUGUUCCACCACAAGGCGGAGCAGUAUUGCAAUAGUGUGACCAGCUGGGCAGCUGCUUGCCAGGCCUCGCAGCCAUUGCCAUCGGAUAUUCAGAGUCUGGAGACGGCAAUCCGCACCCAUCAGUCGCUAUACGAGGCCAUGUGUCAGGCCUACACCGAGGUGCAUUCGACCAGUAAAAAGUUGCUCUAUCAAUUGGAUCAUUUGGUGCAUGUUUGCAAUCAACCUCCGCCUCCAGGCGUUCCCGAUCAUCGCAAGAACAGCAAUAGUAGCAGUUACAACAAAUACGAGCGACAGAAUCCCGCGGCAGAUUACAGCGAGGGUGCCAGUCAUGUCCUGGCGGUCAUACACCAAAUAUUGGGCCAUCAUCGAACACUCGAAGCGAAGUGGCAUCAGGAGAAGAUUCGAUUGCAUCAAACGCUCGCCUUGCGUCUCUUUCAAGAGGAUGUGAAGCAAGUGCUGGAUUGGCUCAAGAAUCAUGGUGAGGUCUUUCUCCGCAAGAACACGGGCAUUGGACGCAGCCUGCAAAAGGCGCGUGUCUAUCAAAAAUCCCACGAGCACUUUGAGAACGUUGCCCAGAACACGUACAGCAAUGCGGAGAAACUCUUGGGCGCGGCAGAGGAGCUGGCACGCAGUGGAGAAGCGGAUCCCAAUGAGAUAUACUCGGUGGCAAGAGAACUAGAGUUGCAGGUGGCAAGCUUUGCGGAGCGUGUGGAGCAGCGACGACGACGUCUCGAAAUGGCCGUACUCUUUUAUACGCACGAGAAGGAGGUGACAGCGUGGAUUGACUCAUUGCACACGGAUGUCAGCACGGAUGAGACGCGAUUAGCUCAAGAGAAUCUCGAGGGGAUUGAGCGACUGCUGAAUCAGUUUAAAAAUGAUCAGGAGAGAACUGUCAAUACCUGCAUGUCGAUCUCUGCGCAGGGAGAAGCGUUGCUCCAGGAGAUGCGUGCUCUCGAAUAUGUGGACAAUACGGGCUCCUUGGCCGCACUUGAGGCAACGCUUGAAAAGUUCAACAAGCAGAAGAUUGAGGUCGAGGAACUCUGGUCUGCGCGCCAGUUUCGAGCAGAUCUUAUACUGCGUCUGCGGUACUUUGAGCGCGCUGCCAUGGAGUUGUUUUCGCAGUUGGAGAUGUGGUCGGAGGAACUGCAGCAUGCAGAUCUCUCGCGCGACUAUCAGAAGGCCGAGCAACUCCUUCGCAUGCACAACGAGUCCGUCAAGGAAUUUCAGAACGCCACGUACGAGGUACAGCAGCAGGGUCAGGAUCUUUUGCAGCUAUUCGAGAACGCUGGCUUCAUCUCCAUGGCGGAUUCAACGCACACGGCGCAGGCACGUAUCGAAUAUCUGUAUGACUUUCUGCGUGAACGUGCAAGCGUUCUGGGGGAGUCGGCCGAGGCGAAACGUGCCAAGCUGGACCAGGCCGUGCAGCUGUGUCAGUUCCAAAACGAUGCCAAUCAGGUGAUAUCCUGGAUAAGAAACGGUGAAGCGAUGCUGGUUGCCAGUUUCGUGACUCCCAACAGUCUGCAGGAAGCAGAGCAGCUGCGCAAGGAACACGAACAGUUUCAGAUUACCAUUGAAAAGACGCACACAUCGGCCGUCCAGGUGAAAUACCGUGCGGAUGGACUCAUCAAUGCUAAUCAUUACGACCCAAAGUCAAUACGGGAGAUCAGUGAUGAUGUUACCAAAAAGUGGCAACAAUUGGUCACCUAUGCAGAGGAACGUCACAAGCUGGUGACAGCGUCGAUUAAUUUUUACAAGACGGCCGAGCAGGUUUGCUCGGUGCUCGACAGCUUGGAGCGAGAGUAUCGACGGGAGGAAGAUUGGUGUGGGGGCGGCGGAAGCAGCGACAAAUCUCAGGCGAUUGUCCAAUUGAUAUCGAAGCAUCAGGAGCAAAAGGAGGCAUUCCUCAAGGCCUGCACCCUGGCGCGUCGCACAGCCGAGACUUUCCUCAAGUAUGCAAACCGAUCGCAGCAGUAUUACCAAUAUCACCAGGGAAAUUGUGAGGCGCAUGUGAAGAGUAAACUGGACAAGCUGCUAACGCAGGAGAAUCAAGUCUUGGAUUUCUGGACGCUGCGUAAAAAGUCACUCGAUCAAUGCCAGCAAUUUGUGCUGUUCGAGAGGAGCGCCAAACAGGCCAUCGAAUGGAUCCAUAAUACAGGCGAAGGUUAUCUCUCGUCGCGCACGAAUCUCGUUGGCAUAUCGAGGGAGGAGACCGAGGGACUUUUGAAGGAACACAACGAAUUUCGUAGCACCGCCAAGGAGACACGAGAGCGUGUCAAGCUGUUGAUUCAACUAGCCGAUAGUCUGGUCGAGAAGGGUCAUGCCCAUGCCAGCUCUAUUAAACAGUGGGUGGCUUCGGUGGAUCAACGCUACAAGGACUUUAGCAAUCGCAUGGACAGCUACUGUGAGCAGCUGGAGAAGUCACUGGGCAUGUCACAGCAGCAGCUAUUGAAUCAUCCCGAAUCCGAUGCAAAUAGCUCCAUCAGCAGCACAUCCGGCGCCAGCAGCAACAAUGAUCGACACUCGGAUCCGACGCUUGAGGCCAAGUUAACAACCUCGGCCAGUUCGGCGGCCAGCAAGGAGAUCAACGAGGAGAAACGCAAAUCGGCGAGACGAAAAGAGUUUAUCAUGGCGGAAUUAAUGCAAACGGAACGCGCCUAUGUCAAUGAUCUGGCCACGUGUAUCAAGUGUUUCCUCGAGGAAUUCCGCAGCGGAAGGAAUGUUCCACCUGUUCUGGUUGGACAGGAGGAUAUUAUAUUUGGUAAUAUACGGGAAAUCCAUCAUUUCCAUCAGAAGAUCUUUCUGCGUGAACUGGAGAAGUACGAGACAAUGCCGGAAGAUGUGGGCCAUUGUUUUGUCACGUGGGCGGUCAAGUUUGAUAUGUAUGUGCAUUAUUGCAAAAAUAAACCGACCUCGAACAAUUUGCUGGUUCAGCAUGCGGGCAACUACUUUGAGGAACUGCAGCGUCGCCUCGAGGUGGAGCAUCCGCUGCCGGCGUAUCUGAUUAAGCCGGUGCAGCGCAUCACCAAAUACCAGCUGCUGCUCAAGGAUCUGUUGUCGUGCUGUGAGGGUAGCCACGGUGAGAUCAAGGAGGGCCUCGAGGUCAUGCUCAAUGUGCCCAAGAAGGCCAACGACGCCAUGCAUCUGUCGCUGCUCGAGAACUGUGAUGUAUCCAUCGACAAGCUGGGCGAAGUGGUGCUCCAAGAAGCAUUCCAGGCGUGGGACACCAAGCAGAUUAUUCGCAAGGGGCGUGAGCGUCGUGUGUUCCUCUUCGAGCUGUACUUGCUCUUCGCCAAGGAGGUCAAGGAAUCCAAUGUGGUAAAGUAUCAAUUCAAGAGCAAACUCAUGACCACUGACAUGGGCAUCACGGAGCACAUCGAGGGAGAUGAGACUAAGUUUGCCGUAUGGACUGGACGUUCUCCCAUGCUCUCCGACUGUCGCAUUGUGCUCAAGGCCAACAGCCUGGAAACCAAACAGAUAUGGGUAAAGAAACUGCGUGAGGUCAUGCAGGAAACUUGCUUCUCGGGCACCUCGCUUACGUUGCCAAAGUCACCAGCUAAGAAUUCUGGCUCCUCGCAGCGAUCUUCACGUGACCUGGACGAGCCACUCACUGAGAACGAUCACGAUCGCCUCUCCCUGGCCAGUUUUGGUUCUGGCAACACCACAGACAGUGAUAAUAAGCUGGGCAACCAGGAGGCCACCUGGGUGAUAGCUGACUAUAUUGCCAGUCCGGGCAGCAAUGAGCUGAGCGUUAGCAAGGGCCAGCAGGUUGAGAUUAUUGAGCCGCCCACAGCCAGUGAGCCGGACUUUUGUUUGGUGCGCCUAAAUCCACAGCAUGACGAUUCAGCGGUUCAGGAGGGCCUUGUGCCAGUGUCAGUGCUCAAACCGCCUCCAGGCUCUCACAAGCAAGGUUCAUCUGUCAGCAGCGGAGCAACCGGCGCCAGUGGAGCCGUCUCACAAAAGUCAACUGAUAACAUGCAGGAUCAAGCCAAUCGCAGCAAGGCGGAUGCAUUGUCCUCUUCAACCAAACGACGUGGAUUUAGCAAGAGCAAAUGGUUGCCACCUCAACUGCGUAAACUGUCCCAGAGCAAGGUUGAGAAAUCGCCAAACGACAAAUCGCUGAUGAAGAAACCCUCGGAGAAGAAUCUGAGACUACCACAGAAACAUUUCGAUGAGCUGGCGGAACAAACGGGCAGCGGUGCCGGCACAGCGACACCUGGCAGCGGUGCGAGUACCAGUGGCAGUGUUGGCCAAAUGCCACCACAAUUCCCCAAUGUAAGCACCCAACAGCACCAGCAAGACUAUGAGGCCGAGGAGGAAGCCGGCUUGGAGCUGCCGCCCCCGAUGAAGCCCAUACAAGAGCCACAUUUGAUGGCCAAUGGACCGCCCGCAUUUCCCAAGGAUCUCAAGGAGAGCUCAGGCAAUUUGGCCAGCACUGGCAAGAUAGACGGCAAUCCACUAUCGGAAAUUGAACAAAUUGUCAGGAUGAGCAGGGAACAACACGAGUCCAACAGCCGUGUCGAUGGCAGUGUAACAUCUGAAGAUGCUGGCGAAGGAGCUGCAAUUGUGAAUGCCAGCACCAAUGGACGUUCUCAUGCUGAAGCCGAGUCGGGCUAUGAGCAGGAUAACAAUGACAAGAACAAGACCAGUGAUAGCGAUAGCGUAGCAAAAGCUUUACACCAACGCCAAAUGGUGCUGAACGAGCUUGUCUCAACAGAGGAGUCAUAUGUUCAUGAUCUGCACUUGAUAGUCAAUGGCUAUAUGAAGGAGAUACACAACAAGGAGAUACCAAGGCCAGUCGAUCUGCAGAGCGGUAAAAUGGAUCUGGUCUUUAACAACAUCAAAGAGAUCUACGAGUGGCACAGAGAUAAAUUUCUAAGGGCUCUGCGUCACUGCCAAAAGUCACCAACCGAUUUGGGGCCGCUGAUAAAGAACUCAACCAACAAGUUCACCAUGUACUAUUAUUUCUGCAGCAACAAACCACUGUCCGAGUUUAUAGUCACUGAGCAUCAGCAAUAUUUCGAGCAGAUACGUAUAAAACUGGGACAUCGCUCUGAUUUGAGCACGCUUAUCAUAACGCCGGUUCAGCGCAUUAUGAAAUACGGACUGCUUAUCAAGCAGCUCCUAAGGGAAACGACUCUUGCGGGCUUGCACAAUGAGGUGCCGUCGCUGAUGGAGGCUUACUCGCAAAUGGAUGUUGUGGUUAAGACGGUUAACGAUAUGAUGGUGGUGUUGCGUAGUUUGCACGAUUUCGAUGGCGAAAUUACAGCCCAAGGUAAUCUGCUGCUGCAGGGCACACUCAAUUGUUCUAUCGACGCCGGACAAAAGCAACGUGAGCUGCAGGUGUUCCUCUUCCAGCAGAUCAUCAUUUUUGCUGACAUUCAAAAGCCCAAGUCCCAGUUUACCGAUCCCAUCUACAAAUAUCGCACCCACAUACAGCUGAACCAUAUGCAUCUGGAACGGAUAAAGGAGAGUGAUUACAGUUUUCGAAUCAAAUCAACGGACCCGAAUAAACCAAUUGUUAAAAUUGACUGCCAGGCAGGCUCAGAAGCGUCCUAUGACAAGUGGUUGGGCAUGUUAAACAAGAUACUCGAGCAGCAGAACGUUCUUAUAUCCAGGCUCGUCAAUCCAUUGAACAAUUGAAGCUAUUGAACAUCACGCACAGAGAGUGUGUGUGUAUUAAAUUCCAAAAGCAACAAACAAAAUAAAAUAAUAUUAAAAAGAAAACUACAAUUACCAUGGGUAGUUCAAAAUAGAAAUACUUUAAUAACACUAAAUAUGACAUUGUAAGGUUUUUUGGACCUAAGAGAAACCAAAAUUCUAGUGAGCACUCGCCUCGCACUUGUUUGUCUGAGCGUCUGUUUCUGUUCAUUUUGCUCACUAUCGACCACACACACACAUAAACACACCCAUAAGCCCAUACACAUACAUACUCAAGUAAAUUGUAUGUAGCUUGUAAUUUAUUUAUUUUUCUAUAUCACCUCUUAUUGAUCUAAUUUACAUAUUUAUAGAAUUUGUGCCGUCUGAUAAUUUCUUCUUGUUUCUGUGUAAAAUGCAAAAGUAUUAUAUGCUCAAGAAUAUUAA